AUGCCAGGACUCAUCACAUCUACCACUACUGUGGCACCACAAGUGGUACCCAAGAGGCGAAGAGCACUUCCAGCAGUCUGGAUGAGAGCUGGUACCUCAAAGGGUCUUUAUCUCCAUCGUAAAGAUCUACCACAGAGCCAACAAGACUGGUCUUCGGUAAUCACUCGGGUGAUGGGCUCUUAUGAUGCGGAUCCUAAGCAACUGGAUGGUAUAGGUGGAGCAACUUCAACAACAUCAAAAGUCGCCGUUAUAUCGCGAUCCUCUCGUCCAGAUGCAGAUGUGGAUUACACAUUUGUCCAGGUGACCAUUGGUGCUCCAAAGCUAGACAUGACUGGCAAUUGCGGCAACAUUGCAUCCGGUGUCGGUCCCUUUGCAGUUGACGAAGGCCUGAUUAAUGUUCUUCCAGGACAGAAGCAGGUUCAAGUCAGAGUGUUCAAUACCAACACAAACUCAGUCAUGGUUGAGACAGUCCAAGUCGACGAUGAAGGCCAUUUUCUCGAGGAUGGAGAUUGCAAACUUCCCGGAUUAUGCUCUGUUGGCAGCCGAGUGCAAAUGGGGUUCUCCAAGCCAGCUGGUGCCAUGACUGGCAAGCUAUUACCUUCGGGGCGCGCAAUGAACACCAUCCUUGUGCAAGCCUCGUUCAAUUCCGAGCCAAUCCCGAUUCAAGUCAGUCUUGUCGAUGCGGCCAACCCAUUCUGUCUGGUCGACAGCGCUACUCUGCCAAACUUCUAUCACAAAGAAGGACCCGGCGCGACGGCCUCUAUCAACUUCAUCGAAAAGAUUCGAAGAGAGGCAGCGGUCCUUAUGGGUCUUGCUAAGAGCACCGACGAAGCAGCGCUUACCAGAGGCACCCCGAAGAUUGCAGUUCUUUCGAGACCAAAUACAAGCAAUGACAGAUCAUCAGUAGACUUCCAAGUCGUCGCAUACUCCAUGGGCAAGGUUCAUGGAAGCCUGCAAUUGACAGGAGCAGUCUGCCUAGGAACUGCGGCGUGCACCAAAGGCACUGUAGCAUAUGAGCUUCGUGAGGGUUCAUCCGACGUGAGGAAGAGACAAGACUCUCCUAUCGAAUCGGUUGACAUGCCAGAGCUCGAGACGGUUCGUCUCCGACAUCCUGGUGGAGACAUGGAUGUCGAUGUUCGUCUGGAUGCCGAAAGCCAAGUAGAAGAGGUGGUAGUGUUCCGAACAGCCCGCCGAUUAUUUGAGGGCAAGGUUUAUUACUUGGGAUAA